AUGGGGCUCGAGAAGAAGGCUGAUGUUCAACCUGCCUGCUCACAGCCAGGGUCUCCCGUGGGCCGGCAGGGGAUGCUGCCGAGUAAAAGGAGCAAGGCUGUCCCCGGGGAGGGCAGUGCCUGCAGGAAAGCCUGUAUCAGUGGCUUCAGUGCCAGCCGCUGGGGCAGGCACACGAGGUGCCGGCCCAAACCUUACAGAAACAAGAGGCAACAGCAGCCUAACAACUCCUUUUUCAGGCCACGAGUGAGGCAAAAAGGAGCACAGCAGAAGGGUGUCCAGGAGAUGUCUAUAGAUGUAAGAGACAAUGACUCUUCACUCCUCAACAGCUCCCGUUCCUGGGCUAGAGUUCGAGCAUCUCUGUCCUUCCAUAGGAAGAAGAAAGUGACCACAGGAGAGAGUUUCUGCAACAGCAUCCUGCGUUCUCCUUCAGGGAAAUCCCAGCUCUCAGGUUACCAAGCCAGUCUGUCUGCUGUGAAGGAUCUGGGCUGCUCCUGGUCUGCUUCCUCCAUGGCCCUGCUGGCUCCCAGCACUUCUGUCCUGGAGCCAACACUUACAGAUGCAGAGAAGGUGUUUGGGGAGUGCCAGCAGGAAGGGCCUAUUGCUUUUGAGGAAUGCAUUCCUUUAGAUAAGAUGAAAGAUUGCAAGAAGAUUGGGGAAGGAGUGUUUGGAGAGGUGUUCCAGGUGGACAGUGAGAGAGGACCUGUGGCCUUAAAGAUCAUUCCCAUUGAGGGCACUGAAAAAGUAAAUGGUGAAGCUCAAAAGAGCUUUGGAGAGAUUCUGCCUGAGGUCAUAAUUUCUAAAGAACUCAGUCUGCUGUCUGAGGAGUCUGUGAAUAGGACUGUUGGUUUCAUCAGCCUGUACUCUGUGCACUGUGUCCAAGGGGCCUAUCCCAAGUUUCUCCUGGAAGCCUGGGACAAGUACGAUGAAGAAACGGGAUCAGAAAACGACCGACCGGACCUUUUUGGGGACGAGCAGCUCUUCAUGGUGCUGGAGUUUGAAUUUGGAGGCCAUGACUUGGAGCACAUGAGGUACAGUUUCUCCUCAGUGGCAUUGGCAAAAAGCAUUCUGCACCAGGUCACUGCUUCCCUGGCAGUGGCAGAGCAGGAGCUGCACUUUGAGCACAGGGACCUGCACUGGGGGAAUGUGCUGGUCAAGAAAACAGAUGUAAAGGAGCUUCACUAUGUGCUGAAUGGGGCAACACACACCAUUCCCACAGCAGGGAUUCAUGUCAACAUCAUAGAUUACACCCUGUCCCGGCUGGAGAAGGAUGGGCUAACUGUCUUCUGUGACCUCUCCACGGAUGAGGAGCUGUUCCAAGGCACAGGGGAUUACCAGUUUGAUAUCUACAGACAAAUGAAAGCAGAGAACUCCAACAACUGGACUGACUAUCAGCCACACAGCAAUGUCCUCUGGCUGCACUACUUGGCAGAUAAACUUUUGAAAGGCAUGUCCUACAAGAAGAAGGCAUUAACUGGUACCCUGAGGAACGUGAAGACACAGCUCAACAAGUUCCACAGGGAGGUGCUGACUUUUGAGUCUGCCUAUGAUGUUUUACACCACAGCAGCCUCUUCCAGUGA